AUGGCGUCGGUCAAGUCCCUGGGUCUGCAUCACCCAUCCGGACUGCGGCACGCGAUCGAUGAACAGAUUCUCCCUGAGAACCCCCCGGCCGACUCAUACAAAUGGACCGUUAACGUCGACGAUUCCAUGGGCAAGCGAGUGGAGGAUGAACUUUUCGUAACUUCCACCUGCGUUAUCUGGUCCCGAGGUGGCCUGGUCCGAAAAACAUUCAAGUUCGAUGUCGAGAAGGAACUCAUCACGCAAGCCCUUUUCGCCUAUUUCCCCGCCUCUUCCGAUGAUAUCCAUGAUAAAAAGGGUGCCAAGGGCGAGCCGCGGCCCCGUUCCGGCCGGGCCAAGGCUUUGGUCGUCUUCUUCAAGACCAAUGCUCACAUCUACUUCCUCUCUGGCACCAGUCACACAAUCCACAUGCCUUUCGAGGUUGAGUCUGCCUGCGCAGGUCCUAUAGGCAUCAUCAUUCAACGCAAGCAAAAGGCCGAAGGUCUUGCUCCCGUUUCUCUCAAGUUCCCUCGAGUCCCGCCGAAUUCGUUUCUCUCGUCACAACCAACCAUCUCCAAUCUCUCGCAACACUCUACUUUCUCUGUGGAGACUCUGGGAAAGCCCAAAGCACUCAAUCUUGGGCUUGGAUCCACGAUUGGGAACAUGUGGGAUGCACGAUUAGAGCAGCCUGAGUCCUCUUGGCCUCGACUCGUCUCUCUCACUGACCCCCUUCAAGACAUUGGAUUGGUGGUCACUGACGGCCCAGAUGGCACGAAUACUCGAGAUCCCAAAAGGGAGAAUUCAAAGCGGCCAAACUUUCUUCAUUCUUCCGAGGAGCUGAUGCAUGUGGAGCAAGUCACUGUCGGUAACGAGCCAAUGACGCUGGCUGUGACUGUCCAACGGGAGGCGGGAACUUACACCGUGUGGCGACUGAGCUAUCUCGAACAAGAAGACCCCUUCAUCAAGCGGAAGAAGACAACGAAACAAAAAGGAUCUCGGCGACGUAGUUCCAUGCAGCCGCUGACGAACGGACGAGAUACCCCGGUUCACCCAAAUAUCCGCGAGAGCUUUGGUGCCCCGCUGCCAGGGAAAAGGCAUAGAAAAAGCGAAAAGAUUGAGAAGCCUCUCGACUUGGUCACUUCUUUAGAGCAGCAGGAUAAUGAGGAUGCUGGUGCCAAAAGACGUAGCUCGCGGCGUGUUAGUUCUAUGCUUGCUCGAGCCGAUCUAUCUGCAUCACAUGAGAGGCCAGUCUUCACUGAACAGCCUCACAUCCCCGGACACAGUACCUCGAAAAGGCAUGAUUCAAAUGGAAGCCAGUACGGUCGCUUGAGUUCUCACUUCAAUCAACAGAUCCAUCCCAGCCUUGGGAGCCUCCUUGAAGCCCCUUUUGAUAUGGGACUUGAUGAAGGUUUUAAUAACAUGGGGUUGGAUGACCAAGACUUUGAAGGGUUACAAAAAGAAGUACAAUUUACCAAAAUUCACAGCAUGUCGCUCGAUCAGUCAAACCUGCGCUAUUCAGUACGCGACAAUGCUUCACGAAACCAGUGCCGAGUCUUCAUGUUGAUGUCUCCACCGUUCGCUUGCAAUGAGCCUUCUCGACACCAGCUUCUCAUCGGUAUCCAAGAUCUAGUAGAGAAGCGCCUCAACUUUAUUAGGCUAUAUUUAACCUGCACCCAGAAAUCAGAAGGAACUAUAACCGCAUCGAAAAGAGGCAAUGACGAAGACUCGUCAGAUUCCGAGUUGAUUUCUAUAAGCGCGGUGGAGCAGAUCAAAGUCCAAAAUGUUGUUGAUUCGUGCAAGCUUGUCGACGGUGAUCAUGCAGUGGUUCUUGUUCUUUCUGAAUCAAUGGAUGGCCGGCAUGAAUUAAGUACUCAAGCCCCUUGGAGCGAGUUGACCAAGGUUUCUGUGUCUCUUCUUUUCACUGAAGACACGAGGAGUCUACAGUAUCAAGGGAGGAGCAUUGACCGAGAUGUGAGGCAGAGGAAAUCCGAGGUCAUCGACUUUAGUAAUGGUAGCAUCGUUGGCCUUAUCCAUCCCCGUGGCCGAGGUAUUGUAGAUGUUGUUGAUACCGACGGCAGGCUCCAUCAACUCCAGAUUCAAAUUCAGCCUUCUUGCCCCCAAGUUUGCAAGGUCUUGAACUCUUGCAGUGGGAUCCUUCCCGAUAGCCUUGGAGUGCGUAUUCAUGCGGGAUGGAUGCAUGUCAUGCAGUGGCUACGUUCUCGUGGAGAUCCAGCUGCCUCAUCAGAGUGGUCUGGCUUGGUGAUACUCAUUCUCUCAAUGUUUCUCAACUUAGGGCGUGUGGAGACGCAAAUAUUCCAAACAACACGACUGCCUGUACGAAAAAAAAGGCCUGCCUCCGGGUCUUUUGGCUCUAUCAAAGAUUCUGAAGAUUGGAAAGCUUUAGAGGUGGGGGAGACUGUUCAUUCGUUAGGAUACCCUGUGUGGAUGAUGAACAAGGGGUGGGAGGUUGCUCUUGACGAAGAUCUCGAAGAUCCGCUUUCGUCUCAGAACAACUCUCGAUCGAACCCCAAAUUCACUUCGAAGCAUAUCGCACUGGCAAAGGAAUUCAUGAAUUCAAAGGUUGCUGAUGCAGCCUUGGGUAAUGAUGGGUACUUGCCAACGGCCUUAAAUCGAGGUGUAGAGAGCAGGAGAAGGGUGGCCGUCGAUCUCUUCAUGGGUCUUCAUCUUUUACUGGAGGAGCAGAAACUCGACAUAAUGACGCCAGAAUAUGCUUCGCCUGGUCGAGUUGAUCUCCGUGUUUUGCUUUGUCAAAUCGCAAGGUGGCUCAAGUGGGCUGAUUUCUGGUCGGUCUAUGAGCUUGGUGUUCAGGAAGACAUCGAUCAACGGCAUAACUCUGAACUCAACCUCAUCCCAUCGAUACCUCAACCACCCCUUCGACCUGACAUCUUUCUGUGGAUACAAUCUCGCUUAACCAGGGAAGGGGAUGUUUCCUACCCAACACCUGCGGAUAUCUUCUAUACUGGCCUGAAUCUUCCCAAGCAUAAAAACAGAUUUGAUCCUCGGUGGGACGAAAUUGUACCUCGUACCCUCAUCUUCAAGCGAUUCUUUAGGCUCCUAAAGCGGGAUGCCACAGCUGUCGAUAUGGUAGAAACAAUGUAUGAGUGUGGGAUGACAACUCACUUUCUGGAAACGCUCCCAGAGGCCAUUCUAGUUCCGUUCAAAGACGCCAUAUCCCUUUGCCAACCUCGGCCCCCAUCAUACUGGUCCCGAGAUCUACUUGAUUUCGUUAAAAGGGGAGAUAUCAGCUUAAUUCUAGAACCCACGGGCCGGCCUCGCCCAGCGAUUUCUAAUAUCUUGACUCCAACUCACGUUGCAAGCUGGGACGUCAAGCUCCUCUGCCAGAGCGUGGAUGAGAGCAAUGCUGGCUUUGACGAAGGUGAAGGCACAGAACGGCAGGCUGUUAUUCGUGCCCUCUUCAAGGAAGAUCGACGUCUAAAUGAGGUUCAAGAUCUUUUAUCAACACACAAAUCCAGGGUCGUCCGUCUCGAUCCCCAGCCUGACUGGUCAGAAAGCGUCUAUCUUGAGAUGCAAAAGGAGCUAGCCUCCAGAAUAGCAACUGGCACACUGGCCAUUCCAGCCGGCCGUGGGUUGCUUUAUUACAGUCUCCGUUUCCCGCUGAUCACCCAGAAAUUUCACAUUGGUGGAUUCAAUCUGAACUGCAUUGUUCGUCCAGCCAAUGUUACGGUUGGUGUUGACAAGACUUUAUUCACAGAAGAAAAGGUUUGCUGGGGGUUCUUCCACCAAGGUGUGGCCGCAGGCCUGGCUAUUUCACCUCAGGCCAAGGGCAUAGAUUCGUCCUGGAUCCUGUACAACAAGCCUGGACAGGAACUCAGCAAUCGGCAUGCUGGUUUCCUCUUGGCACUUGGGCUAAAUGGCCAUCUCAAGGGCAUUGCCAAAUGGGUUGCUUUCAAAUACCUUACUCCAAAGCAUACCAUGACCUCCAUUGGCCUGUUGCUUGGACUUGCGGCAUCGUAUAUUGGCACUAUGGACUCGCUCAUCACGCGUCUCCUUUCCGUUCACGCUACCCGUAUGCUGCCCAGAGGAGCUGCAGAGCUUAACUUGUCCCCUUUAACACAAACUUCUGGUAUAAUGGGCAUCGGAUUGCUGUACUGCAACAGUCAACACCGACGGAUGAGCGAAAUCAUGCUCUCUGAAAUCGAGCAUAUUGACGAGGAGGACGAGGAAGAACCAUUGCGAAGCGAGUGCUACCGCUUGGCUGCAAGCUUUUCACUCGGGCUCAUCAACCUGGGCAAUGGAAACGACUUGAAGGGCCUCCAUGAUAUGAAGCUAACAGAAAAGCUUCUCACAUACGCCACCUCAACAAAAAAGGUAGAGCUGGUCCAUAUUCUGGACAGGGCUGCAGCGGGAGCCGUCAUGGCCAUUGCUCUCAUCUUCAUGAAGUCCGAGGAUCAAAUCGUGGCACGCAAGAUUGACGUUCCCGACUCCAUCCUGCAGUUUGACUAUGUCCGUCCGGAUAUCUUGCUUUUGCGCACAGUUGCAAAGCAUCUUAUUUUGUGGUCCAAGAUACAGCCCACCUUUGCCUGGAUCCAGAAGAACUUGCCGACUGCAUAUCGUCCGCGGUACAAACUCACUGGGACCACAAAGCUGCGGUCCACCGAUCUCCCAUUCUUCAGUAUCCUAGCCGGCAUCUGCUUCUCGAUUGCUUUGAGAUACGCCGGCAGUGCUUCCCAUCGAGUCAGGGACCUGUUGCUGCACUACCUGGAACAGUUCAUGCGUAUCACCAGGAUCCCACCGACACUGACGGAUCAUCCAGAUGCUACCCCGCCGUACGAUGAGGAGCUUGCGAGGUCGAAUGCCCGCAUGUGCCAGGACAUUCUUGCCAUUUCUGCUGCAAUAGUCAUGGCUGGUACUGGAGACAUUCCUGUUCUCCGGCGUUUGCGUGCCCUACAUGGCCGCGACGAUCCAGAAACACCAUAUGGCUCUCAUCUCGCUGCCCAUUUGGCGAUCGGGGCGCUCUUCUUGGGCUGUGGAACUGCUACAUUUGGCACCAGCAAUUUAGCCAUUGCUUCCCUUCUCAUUGCAUUCUAUCCAAUUUUCCCUAACGAUGUCAUGGAUAACCGCUCCCAUCUUCAGGCAUUCCGUCACUUCUGGGUUCUGGCCACCGAACAGCGUUGCCUCGUGGUCAAGGAUGUACUCACCGGUCAGCCCGUGUCCGUUGCGAUACAGAUCAAACUACGCCAGCAAACCGCAGCAUCUUCGGCAGAGCCCGUCCUCUACCGCACGACUCCCUGCCUGCUGCCUCCCCUCGACCAGAUCUCCCUCAUCUCUACCGAUGCCGGCCACCAGUUCUGGGAUGUUGAACUUGACUUUUCCAACUCGGAAGUAAGAGAGGCGUUCCAGAAGACUCAGAGCAUCUACCUCAAGCGUAGACCGCUCCAGGAUGCAGCGUUCACUUCAACCCUCCGAGCCCUCGGCAAGGACAACAAGGACCCCAACCCGCUGGACUGGGUUUUUGGUCUAGAGGCUCUGAAGGAAGUUAGUUACGCGGAGCGCUCCUCCGUCCUUGAGACGGGAGAGGAGAGGCAUGAGACUGGCCUAUCUGUUGAUGCCAAGCUCGAGAUGGAGCGAGGCAUUCUCGACAGCGUCGAUCGAGAGCGUCUCGAGAACGCGCGGUUGCUAUUCGAAUGGGGCGGUACAAGAGAGAGCCUGCUGCAGUCCAAGGGCCCAAGCGUGCACGACAGCCAAGCUACAGAAAAGGCCGACGCGCACGACGAGGAGCGGACUCUGGAAGAGGAAGGGUCCUGGUGGAUGAGGGACAGCGUUGUUGAGACACUCAAGGGGAAGGUGAUGCUAGCUGGUAGAGAGGACGAACAGUAG